CUUAUCAGUGUGCUUCUCUAUUUUUCUGAAAGCAGAGAACAGGAAAUAUGACUAUUAUUUAAUUGUGUUGCUAAAUAACACCGUUUCUGCAGCAGAAGUGGUCUGCUGCACUAGACGGUGACACUAUGCACACCGGUCCAGCGUCGUCCAAUGGCGCACCUUAUUUUAAGCAUGGAGUCAUGUACUUUGCUCCGAAAGGGGCUGACGAGGGCAAAGGGAGACCGGAAGAGGCUGGCCUCAGUUUAGCAUUACAAAUCCCCGCCCCUCACUCCAGUCCGGUUAAAUUCCUAAAAGUGCAGCGUUUACUGAUAAACCUCCAGAGACGGCUUCAGCCUUGAGACCACAGCCACACACAGGGGAUCAAGUGGCACGGCGAUGAAAGUUGCACACAUGGAUCUAACAUAUGUAAAACCACGUGACUCCACUUUCUCCCACUCUGCAUCUGGAACUCUUCGGUGACGCUGCCAAAGCGUGUCCCCCAAAUGGCGUCAGCCAGGCCAUGGACGAGAGGGCCUCUUCUGAGGAGAAGAUGGAGGAGCGGGGCCAGUGGGGCAACAAGCUGGAGUUUGUUUUAUCCGUUGCCGGGUCCAUCAUCGGCCUGGGCAACAUGUGGCGCUUUCCGUACCUCUGCUACAAGAAUGGAGGAGGUGCAUUCCUCAUCCCCUACUUGAUCUUCCUGUUCACCUGCGGCGUCCCCGUCUUCUUCUUGGAGGUGGCCCUGGGCCAGUACACCAGCCAGGGAGGCAUUACCUGCUGGAGGAAAAUCAGUCCGUUGUUUGAAGGUCUUGGCUAUGGCACCCAAGUGAUUGUAGCUUUGUUGAACUUCUACUACAUCAUUGUUCUUGCCUGGGGCAUUUUCUACCUGUCAUACUCCUUCUCCUGGGACCUGGCCUGGUCGUCCUGCAACAACACCUGGAACACAGAAAACUGUGUUGGGUUACAGAGAAGAAACACCUCCAUCGGACUGACGAUUAACCCAAAUGUCACCUCUCCCGUCAUCGAGUUCUGGGAGAGAAGAGUGCUGAGGAUUUCCCCGGGCCUCGACCACAUGGGCUCACUGAACUGGGACCUGGUCCUGUGCCUGUUCAUCGCCUGGGUCAUGUGCUACUUCUGCAUCUGGAAGGGGGUGAAAUCCACAGGAAAGGUGGUCUACUUCACCGCGACCUUCCCCUAUCUGAUGCUGAUUGUGCUGCUGAUCAGAGGGCUCACCCUGCCUGGUGCUGCCAUCGGCAUCCAGUUCUACCUUUAUCCAGAUCUGGGACGCCUGGCUGACCCACAGGUGUGGAUGGAUGCUGGCACACAGAUCUUCUUCUCCUACGCCAUCUGUUUAGGGUCGCUGACUGCUCUGGGAAGCUACAACAAAUACAAUAAUAACUGUUACAGAGAUUGCAUGGCGUUGUGCUUUCUGAACAGUGGCACCAGUUUUGUUGCAGGCUUUGCAAUCUUCUCCAUCCUGGGUUUCAUGUCCUACGAACAGAAUGUUCCCAUCUCAGAAGUGGCAGAAUCUGGUCCUGGCCUGGCCUUCAUAGCUUACCCCCGCGCUGUGAGCAUGAUGCCUUUCUCUCCUCUGUGGGCUGCACUCUUCUUCAUUAUGAUCGUCUUUCUGGGGCUCGACAGUCAGUUUGUGUGUGUUGAGAGCCUUGUGACGGCGAUAGUCGACAUGUACCCGACUAUCUUCAGACGUAAAAACCGACGGGAGCUCUUCCUGCUUGGUGUGGUGUUCGUCUCCUUCUUUGUGGGCCUCAUUAUGCUGAUGGAGGGAGGCAUGUACGUUUUCCAGCUCUUUGACUAUUAUGCAGCCAGUGGCAUGUGUCUUCUCUUCAUGUCCAUCUUUGAAACUGUCUGCAUUGCUUGGGUCUAUGGUGCAGAUCGCUUUUAUGAUAACAUUGAGGACAUGAUUGGCUACCGUCCAGGAUGUUACUUCAAGUAUUGCUGGUUAUUCUUCACACCUGCCACGUGCAUUGGUACUUUUGCCUUCUCUCUCAUCAAAUACACCCCUCUAAAGUACAACAACGAGUAUGUGUACCCCUGGUGGGGUUAUGCGAUUGGCUGGCUGCUCGCUCUCUCCUCCAUGGUCUGCAUUCCUCUUUGGAUGGUGUACAAGAUCAGCACCACCAAAGGGACGUUCAGAGAGCGCAUCCAGCUGCUCAUCACGCCAUCGGACACUUUGCCCAAAACCAAGAGGGAGCAGGAGAACUUACUUGCCAUCUUUGCUGCGGAUGGAGAAGAUACCGUGACUAGAAACUGCUACUAUCCCGUAUCAGAGACGGACACCAACUUAUGAGCCCCCAGUGGAGAUGUGUAUGGGAUAGACAUUUGGGUUUUGUUUCCAUCUUUGACUGCUGCACCCUCGCCUCCAUCCUAAAUAUUACUGCAGGGAAAGAUCACCAUUAAAUGUUACAUAACCGAUUUUCAAUUAUAACAGGUAUAGAGGACUCAGGAGAUAAUAGUAAAUAUUAGAUAGUAAGCGUACAAUGUGCUGGGUUUGGCAGCGCCUGUACAUUUCAGGGAUGCCAAAUGUGGAUACAUAAAAAGGAAAGAAAACAGUAACGCAAAAAGUAAUUUGUUUGAGUUUUAAAGGGACAUGGGCAUUUUCUGUGAGGGACAAAAGUUAUUUACUCUACUCAAACUGAAAUAUAUGAGUACAUUGGCAUAUAUUGUUCAACUGCAUUUCAAGAAAGAUUCAAAUUAACUGAUUCAAGGACAGCUUUGUGGGUGACAAUAUUUCUUCAUGGGGUUGAUGGUCAAAGUGUCAGUAGCAGAAACAUAAACCCAAGUUCCAUGAAAGGUUUGCGCUAUAAGGAUAAAGUUUGAUGAAACAGAUUACCGCUGCGUUUAAGAUACUUUUCAAGUGUCCCUGUAUAUCUGACAUUACUUCAUGGCUAUAUAGCCACAUUUGUAUCAUAUAUUGUAUUACCAUAACUGAUCAGGGAAAGUUUCCCUUUUGCAUUUACAUUAAUUCAAAUAUAAUCCUGUGUUUGACAUGAAUAGGAGUUGUAAGAAAAGGAUAUGUCAGUGAAUAGUAUAAUACUGCAGUAGCUGUAGGACUAAUAUGACAUACAAAAUAAUUUCAUAUUUUGUACUGUAAUAGAAUAUGACUGUAAAAAUGUGAAUCUUGUAAGUAUGUUUUUAGUUAAAUACGUGUCUCAUGUUUUCUUGAAACAUUGCUUUGAAGUGCUGCAUUAAAGUCUGAUAAAAAAA